AUGCCACCUGUAAAUGUGUACCCAAGUGCUCUUCACGGAACCCAAUUCAUGCACGGAGAAGACUCGAGCAGGGAUUUGCCAGAAAAACAAUGUGCAGGGGAUAUGGUACCGAUAAACACAAGCAUGACAGAAGCGGCGCGACCUGAAACGCUAGUCAAGUUCAAUGAACCCAAUGUAGUUUGGGUUACAGACGUUAAGGAAACGUACUACCUCGCAGAGGUAGUUCCCUCUACUGAACAAUGUGACUCACAACGGAAAGGUGAACGUGAAGCUGCAAUCAGCGACAGUCAGCAAUCUACGGGUUCAAAGUUCAGCAAAAAUAAGCGUGCAAAUGAUUCAGCAGGCAAUGUUACCGUACGAAAUAAGCGUACAGGAAUUAUAGCUGUCGUUCCUCAGUCGUCUGUCUUUCCAGUGAACCCGCCGAAAUUCGACAUGGUCGAAGAUAUGGCAGAGUUGACACAUUUAAAUGAACCGUCAGUUGUACACAAUCUGGAGCAAAGGUAUCUUCAUGACAAAAUUUACACUUACUCUGGCUUGUUCAUGGUUGCUGUAAAUCCCUACUGCUCUUUACCUAUAUAUGGCAACGACUUUAUUCAGCGUUAUGCUAACGAGAGUAAUGUGGUAAAACUCUCGCCGCAUAUUUAUUCUGUUUCUGCUGUUGCUUAUCGGGCAAUGUUGUCUGAAGGCAAAGAUCAAGCUAUACUUGUUACUGGUGAAUCUGGUGCUGGUAAAACAGAAACAACUAAAAAGAUUAUCCAGUUUUUAACUACAAUUGUUGGAAGUCCGAACUCCAUUGCUUCUGGAAAACUAGAGCAACAAAUCUUAAUGAGUAAUCCCAUUCUUGAAGCUUUCGGAAAUGCUCAAACAGUUCGAAACAACAACUCUUCUCGGUUUGGCAAAUUCAUUCGCAUCUCAUUUACCGAGUCGGGCGCCAUUGCAGGUGCCAGUUUGGAAUGGUAUCUCUUAGAGAAAUCUCGUGUUAUCAAGCAGUCAGCUGCUGAGCGCAAUUAUCAUAUAUUUUAUCAAAUGCUGAAAGGCUUGGAUUCAAAGUCUUUAGAAUCGCUAGAUCUUGUUCGUUCUUUUGAGCAGUACGAGUAUUUAAAGCGCGGACGGAAGCACAUUAAAGGCAUAGAUGAUGGCAAGUCUUUUAAUGAGUUGGUUUCAGGUUUAAAGACGAUCGGAUUUAACGAUACUGAUACGGAUGAUCUUUUUCGAGUCAUUGCCUCGAUCCUUCACAUUGGCAAUCUCAAUGUUUGCGGAGAUCGUUCUGGCCAGGCACGUUUUGGAAACACAGAGCAAGUGAAUACUCUCUGUAAACUUUUAGGUGUUUCAGUACCCGAAUUCACCGCCUCUGUUCUACAUCCUAAGGCAAAAGCGGGUAAGGAAUUAGUUGUUCAUUCUCGAACAAAGCAACAAGUAGUUCAUUCGCUUCAAGCCCUCUCAAAGAGUUUGUAUGAACGGAUAUUCAGUAACUUGGUAAAACGCUUGAACCAAGUUUUGCAGCUCACUACUAAAGAGAGUACGCUUUUUAUCGGUGUCCUGGACAUCGCCGGUUUCGAGAUCUUUGACCACAACAGUUUUGAACAGCUUUGUAUCAAUUAUACGAACGAAAAGCUGCAGCAAUACUUUAAUCAUUAUAUGUUUAUUCUGGAACAAGAAGAAUAUUCACGCGAAAACAUUGAGUGGUCGUUUGUGGAUUAUGGCAAUGAUUUGCAACCUACUAUCGAUAUUAUUGAGAAGUCUGACCCCGUUGGUAUUUUCUCGUGCUUGGAUGAAGAAUGUGUUAUGCCCAUGGCCACAGACGCGACUUUUACUGAAAAGCUUCAUUCAAUCUGGAAGGGUAAAUCGACAAAAUAUAAACCAACUAAGUUCUUAAGUGAUGGAUUUAUUCUCACACACUAUGCCUCUGACGUGGAAUACAACACGGAAGGUUGGCUUGAGAAAAACAGGGAUCCGCUCAACGAAAGCUUAGCUUUACUACUGGCAUCUUCAAAAAACACGUACGUUGCGAAUCUCUUCGUGGAAAACUAUAUGCAGGACGGUACUUCAAAUUCUAUUGAGCGAAAGGGUAUGUUUCGCACUGUUUCCCAACGGCAUCGGCGACAACUUUCAGAUCUUAUGAAUCAAUUGCAGGCCACACAACCACACUUUGUGCGCUGCAUUUUGCCAAACAACAAGAAAUCUUCACAUGUCAUUGACAAGGAACUUGUUUUACAUCAAUUGCGCUGCAACGGUGUACUGGAAGGUAUUCGCAUAGCACGUUCAGGCUUUCCAAAUCGUCUGUUUUAUACCGAGUUUCGUUCACGUUACGGAAUUCUUUCGAAUCUCCGAAACAUUGGUUUUAUUGAACCGAAAACUGCUACUUCAAAACUUAUUGAAGAAUUGAACUUGGACAAACAUGACUAUCGUCUAGGUUCGACCAAAGUAUUCUUUAAGGCAGGUAUUUUAGCCAACCUUGAGGAUAGACGCAACAAAGUUUUGCAGAAGGUGUUUACUUCUGUCUCUGCUAUCGCACGUGGUUUUAUAAUCAGACGGCGGUUAUAUCGGAAAAGCCAUAAACACGAGGCUAUUUUGUUGCUUCAAUCGAACUUGAUUACACUCCAGCGGUUUUCAAACUCUCCUUGGUGGAAGUUGUUUCUUCGUAUGAAACCUUUGCUAGGUAACAGUUCCGAAGUUUAUUCUAUGAAAAAGGAUCAGCUCAUCGCGAACUUAAAGAAGCGGAUACAGGAACUUGAGCAAGAUUUAUCCAGAAAGAAUGAAGAACUUUUGGAAAGUAAUGAACGUUUACAGCAAGAAGUUUCAUUGAAGGAACAGCAAAUCUCCGUUCUUGCUGAAAAGGAAACUUUGGUGGAAGAGCUUAAAGCAGCUUUACAUUCAAUGGAAUCUGGUCACCAUGAUAUUCAGCAAAGCAGUUGCAACGAAGCAGUGCAAAACGCUGGACAGGACUCGAGGUACGGCGAGAAGGAUGUCACUGACCAAUUGUUGACACCCACGUCUGUCUUGGGGAACACAGAAGACUUGAACAGUGAUGUCGCGUCAUAUAAUAGCAAGAUGAACAAAUUGGUUCAGAGUCUGUCUGAUGCUGAAGACAUGUACCAAAAGCGUGAGUCUGAGAUUGCUUCCUUUCAAAAACAACUGGCGGAUAUUGUGGAAACGACUUCCUCUCCGGAGACCGCCAAGGAGUUAAAAGAGCUGUUGGAGGCUUAUGGUUAUUCUCGUUUUGUUGACUCCGCCAACUCUGGUGAAGAACAACAUCCGAAGCCGGACACGGUUUCCAUUUUUGAUGAGAUACAGCAGCUAAGAUCCUUGCAAACAGAAGAAGCGUCUCGGUUGCACAAUCGCAUUAGUGAGAACAGGCGUCUUCUUGAUGAAAGUAUCAAGACGGAGAUUGAUCUAAAAGAUGAGAAUUUCGGCUUGAAAAACCGAGUCAAAGAGCUUGAAACGCAAAUUAAGUCAUUGGAGGCAGAGAAGCAAGAAAAACGCCCGUUGUACUCCGGUAGAAGCAGAAGCAAUUCUCGUGAUAUUUCCAAGCCUAGCGCUUCUGGAGAUCUUUCUUUUAUUGAUACUGGUAACGAAAGACGACAUAAUCGGACUUUGACGGAUCCCUUUGGCAAGUCUACGAAAACUCACUAUGAUAUUUGGAGGUACAAAAAUGAUGCUGUUGAGCCGUCUGUUAGCCGAAGUUUGUCUGAAAGAAAUGUCAAUGAAGUUAUGGGCCCUCCUCACAAGCUGAAUGCAACUGGAAUGGGAACCCAUUCUGUCUCUAAUGAAAAGCUGCGUAUUUCGGCUAAUACCAACAAAGUCAAUCCUUCUAUUUCUCAUGGUUUGUCAAAGAGUCUUGAUGACAGUAAGAACGGAGUAUCGUUAUUACAUCGUUUUUAUUCAACCGGCUCUAGUCCAGUAAAAGCGCAUGCCAUUCCUGCAGUAUAUGCAGAAUCUUUACCUGAUUCGCCUUCUAAACGCUCAGAAAAGGUCGAUGCUUUAAUCAGAAAUUUCGAAAGAAAUUCAAUAACUUCCCCGACCAGUGCCGAUAUUGCUGCUGCGAAGGAUGUCGGAGUAUCACUAAUUAUUCAAAAGCUUGAUCAAGCCGCUUCGAGAGGACUCGUUAAUAAGGAAACAUUUAUAAAACAGCUCACUAAAUUCCUCGAUAAUUUAAGCGAAGAAGGAUUCAGUGUCGGUGGUUUAUCCGCAACACUUUCCAGUUUGAGACAAAAGCGUUUCCCUACCGGCAAUCAAUUGAAGCCUAGUCCUUCAAUUCACUCUCUAAAUACUCUCGCUGGUCUCACUGACGAUGUUUUUUCUACGUGUCACUCAAUGUUUGAUGACGAAAACAACAAACAGAAUGUCACAACACUGCAGAAGUCCUUAAGUCUUGGGGCGGGUUUCCAACACAAAAACGCACGUGCUAGGAAUGGUUAUCAAUCCAUUAAGGCUGGAGUGGAUCCUAUGCAGUAUAAGAAAGAGUUAGAACGCAGUUUACAAGCUAUGGCAAAAGCGGAAAGAAUUCAGAACCUUGUGCGUAAUCAGCUCGAAGAUACAGAGGAAAGUUUGCGGGAAAAUCAAAAAGUAUGCGCCAAAUAUCAGCAGCUGUACUUAGCUGCAGAGGCAAAGCUUCGUGAGGUCGAGGACGUCAUUGAGGAGAAGGAUUCCUUAAUGGCAGAGCUGCAACGUCAACGUGAUAAACUGCUUCACCAAGUGGAGGAUUUCUACAGCACGAGGACUCAAGAUUUGGAGGAUCGAGAAAAACAGGAGCAAAACAUAUACGAAAGAUACCAGAAAGAACUUGCACUCCUUAAGCGGCAGGCAGAGGUGGAACGUGAAAAGAAUCUUGAACUGCGAAACGAGUCGCGACUUCUUAAUAAAGAGUUUGGUGAAUUACGUGUUAAAAUGGAUGAAGCUGUGCUAAGUCGGUCAAAUUUAAUGCGUGAAAAUACAGAGUUGCAAAAGGAGAUUAAACGUUUGUCACGUCAAUCGUUCCAGCUUUCUGAAACACCUAACUCUACUGCAAAGCUGCAUGUAAUGCGUCAAGCGAUGGAACAGAUGAAGGCCGAGACUCGUCAACUUAUUCAAAAGAAUGAUGCUUUGGAAAAAACGAUUGAAGAACUAACUCAACGACUUGAUACUGCUUAUGGACAAUUGAAUGGGGAUUCUUCAUCUGUUCAACUUCAGGAAGAGCUUGCUCUUUUACGGAAGGAGACUUCUAAGAAAGAAGAACUUAUGCAAUCUAUCCUUGAGCGAAUGAGACAAACCGAAACAUUUGCCAACAAAACACAGCUUGAUAGCAACAGACACCGCGAGGAAAACCUGAGAUUACAUCGUGAGCUCGGUUUACUUGAAAGCCAAAAGAAGGAGUUGGAGCUUAAGUUGUUCGAGUUGGACACCAAAGCACAGUCGACAUCCACCUUAAAAGAUGUCAAAUUACUUCAGAAACAAUUGUCUGAGGUUCAUGAAGCUUCUGUAAUGUUAGAACGUCAAAAAUCCAAGGAUGAUAUUUUGUUACGGAACAACGCCCAAACAAUUCGUCGGUUGGAGUCACAGAUUUCACAAUUAAGUGAUGAGCGCACUAGGCUUGAAAGUAAAGUUGUUCGUCUUGAAAAGCGGAAUGCCAAACUUCGCUUUCUCAUGGAUGAUAUUCACCAACCUGAUCGAACGUCUCGUUCGCUGGACUUUUCACCUUGA